GAAGUUUCUCCCUGACAGCUCAGACGCCGAAAAAGCUAUAUCGUCUGACCGAGCGACAACGAAUGAGUUCUACUUCUAGAUACCUGGACUGGCCCACAGCCAGUUCUUACUUUUUCUGGCCAACGCAACAAUGCGACUCCGGUGCAAGGAGUCUUCUCUCUGGUGCUACACACCGAUGGCCAUAGCAACGAUGCCGUUUUAACCCCAACGAUAGGUACCCAGAGUCCAGAGAUGCAAAGUAAACCUUUCUCAUUUCUCAAUAGUCGCUCUCGUAAAAGCUCCAGCUCCGCCACCGCCAUGCCCUCCUUCCGCACCACCACCACUACCAGUACCACUAACACUACAAGCAAGGCUCUGAUUCUACGCCCCUCACGUCUCAAAGAUAUUCUAUUAGUUUUCUCCCUCCUCUUAAUCAUACACCUCCUCUUUCGCGCUCCGCCUCCGCCAUCUUCCGUUGAACGCGCCGCCCCUGUCGGAGAUUUAAGUUCGAGUCCCACCACGCGUAGUCAUCUCCUCUUCUCAAUUGCCUCAUCCGCAUCCUCCUUUCCUCUCCGCGCUUCCUACCUCCGGCUCUGGUACAAUCGCAACUCUACUCGCGCGUUUGCUUUCCUCGAUGUUAACGCAUCCCUCUCGGUGGAUCCCACCCUUCCUCCCGUGAUCUUAUCGAAAGACACCUCUCGUUUCCCCUACACCUUCAAGGGCGGUCUGAGGUCGGCAAUUCGAGUGGCGCGAGUGGUAAAGGAGGCGGUGGACCUCAAUCAAACGAAUGUGCGGUGGUUUGUGUUCGGUGACGAUGAUACUGUAUUUUUCGUGGAAAAUUUGGUAGAAACGGUGUCCAAGUAUGAUCAUAAUCAAUGGUAUUAUAUAGGGAGCAAUUCAGAAAGUUAUGAGCAGAAUUUGAAGCAUUCAUUUGAUAUGGCCUUCGGGGGUGGAGGUUUCGCGAUAAGUUACUCACUGGGCAGGGUUUUGGCUAGGGUGUUGGACUCGUGUUUGGUGCGAUAUGCCCAUUUGUACGGAAGUGAUGCCAGGGUUUUCUCGUGCCUGUCAGAGUUGGGUGUUGGAUUGACUCAUGAACCUGGGUUCCAUCAGGUUGAUAUGCGGGGUAAUUUGUUUGGCUUGCUGUCUGCACAUCCUUUGGCACCUUUGGUGUCUCUUCAUCAUUUAGAUGCUGCAGACCCUCUUUUUCCUAAUAUGAGCAGGGCUCAAGCUGCAGGACACCUUUUUGAAGCUGCUAAUCUUGAUCCUGCCAGGAUCUUGCAGCAAAUAGUCUGCUAUGACAGUAAAAGUUCAUUGACUGUUUCAGUUGCAUGGGGUUAUUCUGUUCAGGUGUUUGAAGGCAAUGAACUUCUUCCUGAUAUCCUUUCUCUACAGAGGACUUUUAGACCAUGGAGGAGAAGUGCCAAAAUUGAAUCCAGUCAUUAUAUGUUUAAUAUGAGAGAAUAUCAUAGGAAUCCAUGUAAAAGACCUCUUGUCUUUUUUAUGGAAAACAUUAUAUCCGGUUUUGGUGGUAUGUGGAGCACUUAUACCAAGCACAAUAUUGGUGAUUGCUCCAGAGCUAAAGCUAUAAAGAAUCUGGAGCGUGUCAGAGUAUUUUCUCAGAAACUAGAACCUGAUAUUGGACAGAUUAAGGUUCUGCGUCGACAGUGUUGUGACAUUUCUCCGUCAUUUAAUGAAUCCAUGGUCAUUAGCAUUAGGCAUUGUGGCGCUGAUGAAUUAAUUUCUAUGCUUUUCUAGUCUUUCUUGUGGGAGUGACUGCUGUACAGAAAUUCCAUUACAGAUAAUGCUCUCGGAGUUUGAAAGUUUGAUCCUUGGUAAAGUCUCCUUACUUAAGAAUGGUCUUGGAUUCUCUCCAUUUCCUUCUCCCUGGUUUCUUCUCAUUCAUUUUCUUCAUCUUGUAGUUGUUUGGGAAGAUUGACUUGUAAGUGGCGACUUGAUGUGGCCAAGGAAUUCAAGAAAAUUCAUAGUAAGAGCUUAAGAUUAUAGUUCAGUUUUAUUAGCUUUUAUUGGGGAAAUUAUAGUACUAUAUAUGUAUAUUUAAAUUUAGUAGUUAUUGGUUUGUAAUUUCAGUUUUUUUUUUUUCUCUAAAGGAAAUAUCUAAAAUUUGUGUCUUUUAGAGUCCUUGUUAGUUAAGAAUUACCGUUGGGAAAUGGUUAAAGAUUACUAGUUUGAUGUCUAAAUCCUUCAAGGUUUAGGAUUACUUUUUAUGUCUAUAAUAACUAUUUGUAUUGUUAUUUUUGAGGGUUUUUUUUU